AACCGGCAACAGGACCUCUGAACUGCAGUCAUAUUUCCUGUUAUCUUGUGGUGAAGAUGCUCAAGUUUAUAAUUUUCUGUCAUGUCUUGUUUCUGGUCCAUGAUGUGAUCGACGGUGUUGAAAACUCCACAGAUCUUCAGGCGAAGAGCUUCAGGUUUUUGGCCAGUCUCUCUCCAUCAGAAGUGACCCGGUUUUCAGUAUUGGAGGGUCAUCAUGUGUGCUUGCCAUGUGGGGGGUUUGCCGGCUCCAAUGUGAUCUGGACUCAUCAGAACCAGAGGGUCCUGGUGACACGGCAGAGCAGCUACCAGACCAACCACUACCGUCAGCAUUAUGUUCUGUUGGGUGAUGGUGGCCUCUGCAUCCUGAAGCUCGAGGAUACAGACAGCGGAGAGUAUGAGUGCAAACAACGGCUGGUGGCUGAGCUGCAGGUGCUCACAGGACAUGACUUCACUGUAUCUAGAGGUAGGACGCUUCUGCUUCCCUGCAGAGGCUCCUCUAAGUCUAAACACAGGUGGUUUAGACAGAGAGAAGGGCAGAAGGAGGAGGUCAUCUUCACCCGUUUCAGAAAUGGUACAGGGAAAGCAGAAAUAGACGGGAAUCGGCUGAGCUACAUAAAUGACGCACUGCAGAUCGCAGACCUGCAGCCAGGGGACGCUGGAGAGUAUAUCUGCAACAGAGUUCUGCAGGCAAAACUCACAAUCCUGGAAGAGCAUCUUAUGCCAGCCAGCAUCCCAUCAUCUACCACAAUAAGAACAGUCUCAGCUGUGUCAGUUGUGUUUGAAACACAGAACCCACCAAAGAAGAGACCAGAGAAUGCUCUGCUGCUGGUUGCUGUUAUUGGUUUGGGGUUAAUGAUCGUCCUCAUCGCUCUAGUCUGUAUUUUCCUCACCAGCAUAAAGUGCAGAAAGAGGAGGAGACACAGAUAUGCAGCAAAAAGACGAGAAGAGACAGAGCUGCAGCUGUGGAUGACAUAUAACGCCCAGACUGAGUAUGAGGUGUUUAAGCGUCCGUCCCUGCAGGAUGAUACCAUCCACUACGCCUCUCUGGGUCGACAGAGCUGGAGCCAGAGACCCAGCUGGUCUCCACCAGAUCAGAGCAGCAGUAAUGUUAUUUAUUCCUCGGUCAUCACCAGACCUGCAGCAAAACACACUUUCUCCUGAUCCAAUUUAUUUCUGCCAUUCUUUGUCAAACAAGAUUGAGAAGAGUUUGACCUUCUGUGUCUCAAUUAUUUAGAACUUUUAGCCUAUGAUUAAAGUUGUUACACCAGAAAUAUUAACAGUUAUUUUAUUUUUUAUCUCCUUGAGACUUUAUAUAAAAAUAACUGAAACUGUUAAGUUAAUUAUUAUGUCAGGUUAUGUUUAUUUUUUAUUUUUUUGCUAACUGUAAAGAAGUUACUGAAAACAAUUUUUCAGUUAUAUUUGUAACAAAGAGGAAUGUCAACAAGAUGCUGCAAAUCACAGAAUCAGCUUUUUACUUCUAAAACACUUUAUGAAAGUUAGUUUAACAUCAUAAACAUAUUUACAUUUGAGUUACUGAAAAAAAUUACCAUACCCAUAAUUGACAGUGGAAUACAAAUGUACACUGUAAAAAAAUAAAAAAUAAAAAAAAUAAAAAAGAAGAAGAAGAAAACAAAAGAAAACAAAGAAAAUGUUAUGCUGAUCUGAGCUGGUAACUUUUUCAUACAAGAGAAUUU